CUCGCUCCUUCUUAGCCAAGCGUUACGGUGCCCGCAAUGGCCCUUUAAAAGGCAGAGUCUAGUCCGGAGGGGGCGGGCGGGGGCCACUGACCGCCGCCCGAGGCCCGGCCCCUCCUCCCUGCCCCUCCCUCGGUCCGUCCCUCCCUGGGUCCCCGCGUCGCUCGGCAGCUCGCUCGCUCGCCGGGCGCACGCUCCGCCUCCGUCAGUCGGCUUGGCUGUCUAGCGCGCGGCGUGGAGCCGGAGCCGGGGCCGGACGCGCGGCUAGGGGCUGGGGGCUGGGAGAUCGGCUCCCGCCACCGGGCCGGGCCUGAGCCGCGAUGGCCGAGAUGGGCAGCAAGGGGGUGACGGCAGGGAAGAUCGCCAGCAACGUGCAGAAGAAGCUCACGCGCGCGCAGGAGAAGGUCCUCCAGAAACUGGGAAAGGCGGAUGAGACAAAGGAUGAGCAGUUUGAACAGUGUGUCCAGAAUUUCAACAAGCAGCUGACUGAGGGCACUCGACUGCAGAAGGAUCUCCGGACCUACCUGGCCUCAGUCAAGGCCAUGCACGAGGCCUCCAAGAAACUGAAUGAAUGUCUGCAGGAGGUGUACGAGCCUGACUGGCCUGGCAGGGAUGAAGCAAACAAGAUAGCUGAGAACAAUGACCUCCUCUGGCUGGAUUACCAUCAGAAGCUGGUGGACCAGGCGCUGCUGACCAUGGACACAUACCUGGGCCAGUUCCCUGACAUCAAGUCACGCAUUGCCAAGCGAGGGCGGAAGCUGGUGGACUAUGACAGUGCCCGGCACCAUUACGAGUCCCUUCAAACUGCCAAAAAGAAGGAUGAAGCCAAAAUUGCCAAGCCUGUCUCGCUGCUUGAGAAAGCUGCCCCCCAGUGGUGCCAAGGCAAACUGCAAGCUCAUCUCGUAGCUCAAACUAACCUGCUCCGAAAUCAGGCAGAGGAGGAGCUCAUCAAAGCCCAGAAAGUGUUUGAGGAGAUGAACGUGGAUCUGCAGGAAGAGCUGCCAUCCCUGUGGAACAGCCGUGUAGGUUUCUAUGUGAACACGUUUCAGAGCAUUGCGGGCCUGGAGGAGAACUUCCACAAGGAGAUGAGUAAGCUCAACCAGAACCUCAACGAUGUGCUGGUCAGCCUGGAGAAGCAGCACGGGAGCAACACCUUCACAGUCAAGGCCCAGCCCAGUGACAACGCCCCUGCAAAAGGGAACAAGAGCCCUUCGCCUCCGCCAGAUGGCUCCCCUGCUGCCACCCCAGAGAUCAGAGUCAACCACGAGCCUGAGCCGCCUAGCUCGGCCACAGCCGGGGCCUCCCUCCCCAAGUCCCCAUCUCAGCUCCGGAAAGGGCCACCAGUCCCUCCGCCUCCCAAACACACCCCGUCCAAGGAGGUCAAGCAGGAGCAGAUCCUCAGCCUGUUUGAUGACACGUUUGUCCCUGAGAUCAGCGUGACCACCCCCUCCCAGUUUGAGGCCCCGGGGCCUUUCUCGGAGCAGGCCAGUCUGCUGGACCUGGACUUUGACCCCCUCCAGCCUGUGGCGAGCCCUGUGAAGGCGCCCACGCCCUCUGGUCAGUCAAUUCCAUGGGACCUCUGGGAGCCCACAGAGAGUCCAGCUGGCAGCCUGCCUUCCAGGGAGCCCAGCACUGCCGAGGGCACCUUUGCUGUGGCCUGGCCCAGCCAGACGGCUGAGCCGGGGCCUGCCCAACCAGCGGAGGCCUCGGAGGUGGCGGGGGGGACCCACCCUGCGGCUGGAGCCCAAGAGCCCGGGGAGACAGCAGCAAGUGAAGCGGCCUCCAGCUCUCUCCCUGCGGUGGUGGUAGAGACCUUCUCAGCAACUGUGAACGGCACCGUGGAGGGUGGCAGCGGGGCGGGACGCUUGGACCUGCCCCCGGGGUUCAUGUUCAAGGUACAGGCCCAGCACGACUACGUGGCCACUGACACGGACGAGCUGCAGCUGAAGGCUGGUGACGUGGUGCUGGUGAUCCCCUUCCAGAACCCAGAAGAGCAGGAUGAAGGCUGGCUUAUGGGCGUGAAGGAGAGUGACUGGAACCAGCACAAGGAGCUGGAGAAAUGCCGGGGCGUCUUCCCUGAGAACUUCACUGAGCGGGUUCAGUGAGGGCAGCGGCUGGUGCGGCUCUCUGGGCGUGUGAAGAACACCUUUUCCCGAAAAAUGUGUGUUUUUUUUUUUUUUUUUUGAUUUUGUUUUUAAACUUUUGAAAAGCAAAGGGAAAUUGAGAGGAGAGACCUAAGCCAAGAGGUAUUCUCCCAAAGAUUAGGUUGUUUUCCAAAGAGCCUGUUUUCGGCAAGUCCAGUGGAAUCACCAGUGUUCCUGAAGCUGCUGUGUCCCCUAGUUAGGUUCCUGGCCGCCCCCCCAACUGCGCCUGCAUGUGUGCCUGGCCGCAGGGCGGGGCCUGGGGGCUGCUGAGCCACCAUGCUCGCCUGAAGCUUCGGCCGAGCAGCCUGGGCAAGGGUCCUCUUUUUCCUGGCAGCUGCUGUGGGUGGGGUCGGGUCUCUCCAGAGACUUCAGGGCCCAGACAUCAGCCCGGCCUGACCCUGCCCCGCAGACCGUCUGUGUGCUGUUUGAAAAUAAAUCUUAGUGUUCCAAACAAAA